AUGGCCGACCCCAUCAUGGACCUCUUUGACGACCCCAACCUAUCGUCAUCCUCAAAGCCCCGCCCCCUGCCGGGGGAGGCCCCGCCCCCGCGGCCGCGCCCAAUUGGCGGCAAAGUCACCUUGGCCAAGGUGUUGGCCCCGCCCACCGUGCGGGCGGGGGGCGUGGCUGCGGCGGCGGGGGGCGUGGCCGCGGCAGCAGCAGUGGGCGUGGCCUCGGCGGCAGGGGGCGGGGCCAGGCAGGUGAAGCAGCUGCUGCUGCAGCCCCUGAAGGCGGCGACGUCAGGGGGCGGAGUCACGGCUGGGGCCACGCCCCUGAAACACCUGGGGAGCCUGGGGCCCGCUCAGGGCGAGUCCAAGCGCAUCACGCUGGUGCUGCAGCAGACCCCCGGCCCCGGCGCCACACCCGGCCAGCGCCACGUCGUCCUGGGCACGCUGCCCGGCAAGCUCCUCCUGCAGGGCGGGGCCGCGGCCACGCCCGGCGCCACGCCCAAGGCCGCGCCCGGCGCCGCCCCGGCCAAGGUGGUGACCAUCCAGCUGCAGGUGCAGCCGCCGGCCGCGGCCGGGCAAGGGGGCGGGCAGAAGAUCCAGCUGAUCCAGCCCGGGGCGGGGCCCGUGGGCGUGGCCCAGGUGCCGCAGGUGGUGGGCGGGGCCGGGCAGAGGCUGACGGUGCCGCUCAAGGUGGUGCUGCAGCCGCAGGCCGGCUCCUCGUCCGGCCCCGCCUCGUCCGGCCUCUCGGUGGUCAAGGUGCUGGGCGGCUCCGAGAUGACCACACUGACCACCACCCCCACGCCGUCGCCGCGCGCGGGCGGGCCGGGCGCCGCGGACGAGAGCCGGCGGCUGGAGCACCAGAAGAAGCAGGAGAAGGCGAACCGCAUCGUGGCCGAGGCCAUCGCGCGCGCCCGCGCCCGCGGCGAGCAGAACAUCCCGCGCGUGCUCAACGAGGACGAGCUGCCCAGCGUGCGGCCCGGAGAGGGCGAGCGCAAGCGCCGGCGCCGCGAGCGGCCCGCCGCCAAGGAGGAGCGCCCGCGCCGCGGCAAGGGGCAGCCCCGCGGCAAGGCCCGCGCCAAGGCCAGCACCAUCACGCCGGUGGUCAGCAAGAAGCGCAAGCGCAACGCCAGCUCGGACAACUCGGACUCGGAGGCGCUGCCGGCGCCGUCCCCGCGCCAGGACGACGACGGCGGGGGCGGGGGCGGGGGCGGAGUCCAGAAGCGCCGCUCGAACCGGCAGGUGAAGCGCAAGAAGUACACGGAGGACCUGGACAUCAAGCUGACGGACGACGAGGAGCUGGACGAGGAGCUGGACGUGACGGGGCCGGCGCGGCCGGAGAGCGCUGACCACGAGCGGCCGCCGGCGCCCGGCGCGCUGACCGCGGACGGCGAGGGCGCGGACGCGGCGCUGCCCUCCAUGCAGUUCUUCGUGGAGAACCCGAGCGAGGAGGACGCGGCCAUCGUGGACAAGGUGCUGUCCAUGCGCGUGGUCAAGAAGGAGCUGCCGUCGGGACAGUUGGUGGAGGCCGAGGAGUUCUUCGUCAAGUACAAGAACUACUCGUACCUGCACUGCGAGUGGGCGACGAUCGCGCAGCUGGAGAAGGACAAGCGCAUCCACCAGAAGCUGAAGCGCUUCAAGACCAAGAUGAACCAAAUGCGGCAUUUCUUCCACGAGGACGAGGAGCCCUUCAACCCCGACUACGUGGAGGUGGAUCGGAUCCUGGACGAGUCGCACAGCGUGGACAAGGACAACGGCGAGCCCGUGGUGUAUUACCUGGUCAAGUGGUGCUCGCUGCCCUACGAGGACAGCACCUGGGAGCUGCAGGAGGACGUGGACGAGGCCAAGGUGGCCGAGUUCAAGCGGAUCCAGGCGCGGCACCCCGAGCUCAAGCGACAGCCCCGCCCCCAGGCCGGCGCCUGGAAGAAGCUCGAGGCGUCGCACGAGUACAAGAACCACAACCAGCUGAGAGAGUACCAGCUGGAGGGCGUCAACUGGCUGCUCUUCAACUGGUACAACAGGCAGAACUGCAUCCUGGCGGACGAGAUGGGGCUGGGCAAGACGAUCCAGUCGAUCGCCUUCCUGCAGGAGGUGCACGGCGCAGGUGUGCGCGGCCCCUACCUGGUGAUCGCGCCGCUCUCCACCAUCGCCAACUGGGAGCGCGAGUUCGGCACCUGGACGCACCUGAACACCAUCGUGUACCACGGCAGCCUGGCCAGCCGGCAGAUGAUCCAGCAGUACGAGAUGUACUGCAAGGACGGCAAGGGCCGGCUGAUCCCCGGCGCGUACAAGUUCGACGCGCUGAUCACGACGUUCGAGAUGAUCCUGUCGGACUGCCCCGAGCUGCGCGAGGUCCAGUGGCGCUGCGUGGUCAUCGACGAGGCGCACCGCCUCAAGAACCGCCACUGCAAGCUGCUCGACAGCCUGAAACACAUGGACCUGGAGCACAAGGUGCUGCUGACGGGCACGCCUCUGCAGAACACGGUCGAGGAGCUCUUCAGCCUCCUGCACUUCCUGGAGCCCUCGCAGUUCCCGUCCGAGGCCGAGUUCCUCAAGGACUUCGGGGACCUGAAAACGGAGGAGCAGGUGCAGAAGCUGCAGGCCCUGCUGAAGCCCAUGAUGCUGCGGCGCCUCAAGGAGGACGUGGAGAAGAACCUGGCGCCCAAGCAGGAGACCAUCAUCGAGGUGGAGCUGACCAACGCGCAGAAGCGCCUGUACCGCGCCAUCCUGGAGAGGAACUUCGCCUACCUGGCCCGGGGGGCGGGGCACGGCAACGUGCCCAACCUGCUCAACACCAUGAUGGAGCUGCGCAAGUGCUGCAACCACCCCUACCUCAUCAACGGUGCGGAGGAGCAGAUCGUGGCCGAGCUGAGGGCCUCCCUGCCCGCGCUGCCGGGCCCCGAGCUGGCGCUGCAGGCCCUGGUGCGCUCGGCCGGCAAGCUGGUGCUGCUGGACAAGCUGCUGCCCCGGCUGCGCGCCGGCGGCCACAAGGUGCUGGUCUUCUCGCAGAUGGUGCGCUGCCUGGACAUCCUGGAGGACUACCUCAUCCAGAAACGGUACCCGUACGAGCGCAUCGACGGGCGCGUGCGGGGCAACCUGCGCCAGGCCGCCAUCGACCGCUUCAGCCGGCCGGACUCGGACCGCUUCGUGUUCCUGCUGUGCACGCGCGCCGGCGGGCUGGGCAUCAACCUGACGGCCGCCGACACCUGCAUCAUCUUCGACUCGGACUGGAACCCCCAGAACGACCUCCAGGCGCAGGCGCGCUGCCACCGCAUCGGGCAGAGCAAGGCGGUCAAGGUCUACCGUCUGAUCACGCGGAACUCGUACGAGCGCGAGAUGUUCGACAAGGCCAGCCUGAAGCUGGGGCUGGACAAGGCCGUGCUGCAGAGCAUGAGCGGCCGCGAGGGCUCCAUCCCCGGGAUCCAGCAGUUCUCCAAGAAGGAGAUCGAGGACCUGCUGCGCAAGGGCGCCUACGCCGCCAUCAUGGACGAGGACGACGAGGGCGCCAAGUUCUGCGAGGAGGACAUCGAGCAGAUCCUGCUGCGGCGCACCACCACCAUCACCAUCGAGAGCGAGGGCAAGGGCUCCACCUUCGCCAAGGCCAGCUUCGUGGCGUCCGAGAACCGCACGGACAUCGCGCUGGACGACCCCAACUUCUGGCAGAAAUGGGCCAAGAAAGCCGACCUGGACCUGGAGCUGCUCAACAGCAAGAACACGCUGGUCAUUGAUACUCCUCGGGUCCGGAAGCAGACGCGCCAUUUCAGCACGCUGCGCGACGAUGACCUGGUGGAGUUCUCGGACCUGGACAGCGACGAUGACCUCGAGCGGCCGGAGCGGGCCGGGGGCGCGCCCAGGACGCGGCGCAGCGGCCACCACCACCACGGCCACCACCACCAUGGUCACCACCAGCAUGGUCACCACCAGCAUGGUCAGCAUGGUCAGCAUGGACAGCAGCACGGACAGCACCCCCAUGGUCAGCACGCGGCUCCGGCCGCUCCGGCCGCUCCGGCCACAGCGCCGUUCGCCAGGAGCGACUGCGUCAGGGUGGAGAAACACCUGAUGGUGUACGGGUGGGGCCGGUGGCGUGAGCUGGCCGCCCAGGGCCGCUUCAAGCGCCGUCUCUCGGAGCGGGGUGAGAGCCUGGGCCGGGCCAUCGUCCUGUUCUGCCUGCGGCACUUCCGCGGCGACGACGGCACGCGGGCCUGGGCGUGCGCCCUGCUGAGCCCUGGACACAAUAACGGCCGGGCACGGACGGCCCUGGGGGUCGCCGGCGCUGCCGCGGGGCCGCAAGGGCCGGAAGGCGCCGAAGCUUCCGGAAGGUUCCGCGGGCGCCGAGUGCUGCUGCAGGACGAGGGCUACCGGAAGCACCUGCGGCACCACUGCGGCAAGCUGCUGCUGCGCAUGCGCGCCCUGCACUUCCUGCGGCACGAGGUCAUCGGCGACGAGGCCGAGCGCGUCCUGGCCGGGGCCAGCGCCAGCGACGUCCACAUCUGGUUCCCGCCGCUGGAGCAGCCGGAGCCGCCCUCCGCCUGGUGGGACCCCGAGGCCGACAAAUCGCUGCUGAUCGGGGUCUUCAAGCACGUUGCCGCCGCUCUGGACGAUGAUCUGGGUAAUUUUUGCUGA